AUGCUAAAAAAGUCUAAAUUCAGAGCUGCUGUAGCGGCUCUUAAACAUAAAUUACCAUGGUUUAAAGUGACUGUACCCAGUAAAGUAAAGUUCACGACCAAGAUCACAAAAGAACAAAUUUGUAUUUGUACUAUUGUAACAAUCCUGUACCUCAUGCAUUGUAUAGGCUAUGUCAACGAAUCAGACGACUACUAUGGCAAGAAACAGUAA